AUGGAUCCUAAGUUCAAGGGAGAGUGGAGUGCCUCUGAGAUCAAGAUGGUGAAAUCUCUCAUUGCAAGGGACAAUGCCAACAACAAUGGUGCUAGUGAUAUGAACAAGAAGCAUAAUCAAAUUGUGGAUGAGCUCCAAGCAAUGUUCCCUAGCAAGGAGAAGCAUCAGAGUGGCAACCAGCUCGUGGAAGCAAGUAGCAACCUCAUGAAUCAACCCUUUGGGGUGUUUGUGGGGGAUCCAUCCAUGGGCAACAUGGAAGCAUUUGAUGGUUAUCAAAAAGUGGAGAUGUUCGACACAAGGAAUGUGAAGGAGACUCCAUGGAGGAAGCCCACUCCUCGGAAGGAGAUCCAACACACAGGGAGGUUCUGGACCACAGAUGAGCAUAGGCAAUUCCUCCGUGGUCUACAUGUGUACGGUCGCGGAAAUUGGAAGAACAUCUCUAGGCACUUUGUUACCACCAAGACCCAUGUGCAGGUUUCUAGCCAUGCUCAAAAGUACUUCCUUCGGAAAGAAACUGGCACCAAGAAGCAGCGUUAUAGCAUCAAUGACAUUGGACUUUAUGAUUUUGAGCCCUUGACGCAGAUAAAUGCUUCUAUCUGGAAGGGGCCCACCUUUGGUGGAGGCAUCUACAACACAAAUCACUAUAGCUUUGGUGGACAUCCUACUUCCAUGAACAAUGCCCAUGCUUGGUCACCAUUCCUAUACCACACUGGCCAUGGAAGUAGCAGCAGUAGCCAGAUGGCCACCUUGGCUAUUGGCCAGCAAUAA